AUGCUGCGAGAUAUGCUGAGGGCGCGGCCUAACGCGGUGUGCGCGUGGGGAGGGAGCCUUUUUUUCGCUGCCGCUCAUCGCAGCGCCAGAAAGUUCUGGCUGGUAAGGCGCCGCUCUCGCACCCCAGUGGAAACACACACGCUUGGCAAGGCGCAGCGUCCCGGCUCAGGCGCUGGCCUCUGCCAGCGCUGCGCGACCCGCAUGUCAAUUCACACUGGAGGACGCUCCUCUAUGCGCGAGUGGCGCGAAAGUUUAGUAGCAAAAGCCCCUGUGGCGCCCCGCCUCUGCUCGGCCACGCGCUUCCCGGCUUCGUGGAUACGCCCUCUAGACGUCCGACUGUCGCUCGGCGCCCCGCUCGCCUGUUGUCGCACAUCGCUCUGUACUACAGAGCCAUCUCCUCCACAUAGGAAAAUUUUCCAAAAUUUCAAUGCGAUGCAAUUCGAAAAUCUGCGAUGA